CAAAAAGGAAAAAGAAACAGAACGGAAAAUAAGGGCAACCAAAGGCUGAAAAGAGCACGUCCACCAUCUCUCUUCGUCCUCGUCCUUGCACGCUGUUUGCUGUACCUUCGCGCCGUAAACCCCCACCGCCCACUCUCCUUUCGUUGAACCCGUACUCCUCCCGAUUCUUGCGCGAUGUCCGACUUCCCACUUCUCGCCGUCCUCCACACGUGGUACACGAACUUUACCACCAAUGUCUCCAACUCCGUCUCCAAUCUCACCGUGAGAGAUUAUAUUCGCCUCGUAUGGAUAAUCGGCGGAUAUAUGUUCCUCCGUCCCUACCUCGAUAAAGGGUUCCGGAGGUUAUUCGAGAAGGGUGUCGCCAAAUCAGAGAAAGCGGAAGAAGCUCAGGCAGAGGCCCAAGCCCAACAAGCUGGAGGCGCCAUGUUAACCGCAAAUGAUCUCCGUGAUGGAAGAGGGAACGAGAGCGAGGAUGACGAUGACGAUGGGGGUGCGUCCAGUGCCGUUCCUCAGUGGGGCAAAAGUGCCAGAAGAAAGCAGAGGAAGUUCUUGGAGUUUUUGGAGCAGGAGGCGGAGAGGCGCAGGGAGGAUGACGAUGAUAGAGAUAUCGCGGAUCUGCUGGAGGACUGAAGUCAAGCCGGACGAGAAUUUGUACAUACACAAGUUCCCCUAUGUGUGGACAUUUUUUCUGCGCGCAAAUUAGAUUGCAAUGUGAGUUGGAUCUCCCCAGCCCCGGUUUUCGAUGCUACUCCCCAGUUUUCCCUAUUGUUACGGUCAAUAUAUGGCCCCGAAGCUGGAUGAUUAAGGUCUCUCUCUAUAUACACCGUGGGCUGACAUGUCUGCAAUGGAUUACUACCAAAGCAGAGAUAAAGGCACUUGAAAUAUCCGG